CACAAUUGGAUCUUCCAUUCUUCCCUCGGAAAUUCCUCAUAUCAGUCUUGCAGCGUUGCUUCAGGAAAGGAGGGAAAUAUCGUCUAAGCUCUGAUUUUGGAAUCUCACCAAGACUGCUUUCAAUUUUGAGCUUCCCAUUUUAGGCAGCCAAUUUGUCAGUAGAUUGUCACAAAACAGACUUUGAAAAAAUUGCACUGAGAGGUGUCUGGGAUCUAUCUAUACCUACAGAAAACCAUCCACCUAUUUUGUUCCCAAAGUUUCUUAUCGUUUUCUUUUUUGAUAUGACCAUCAAGCUCGCAUGAAUACCUGAUGGUGAUGCUGUUAUAUUUUUCCAUUAAAAAAAGAGUGGACAAAUUGCUAACAUGUAUCUAGUCAUCUAGCCAUUAUCAGUCUCCUUUUUGUCAUAUUUUUCUUAUUUGAUCAACGCCUUUUUUGUCAUCUAAAUGGUGUCAUCGGUGAUAUUAAAAUUUUAAAAAUAUAAAUGAUACCACUACAAGGAACUAAAAGCCGACUCCUAAUUUUGUAUUUAUUAUUGUUAUCCAUCUCUCUCUUCAAAGUUAAUUGUGCCACCACCUUCUGGGCUCUGGCACUCUCUUUGCCAGUUCUGUAUCAAUCUGAAAUCUUGCUUCCUAAUUAGUUAAACAAGUCAAGGUUAGGUGGAAUAACUUCUGGCUUGGAACUAUGAUUGAGAUAACAAAUGUUUCGGAGUAUGAGGCCCUUGCUAAGGAGAGAUUACCAAAGAUGGUGUAUGAUUACUAUGCAUCAGGUGCAGAGGAUCAGUGGACACUGAAGGAGAACACAUUAGCUUUCUCUAGAAUUCUGUUCCGACCUCGUAUUCUUAUUGACGUGAGCAAGAUAGACAUAACUACCUCUGUCAUGGGCUUCAAGAUUUCAAUGCCUAUCAUGAUUGCUCCUACUGCCAUGCAGAAAAUGGCUCAUCCUGAAGGUGAGUUAGCAACAGCACGAGCAGCAUCGGCAGCUGGCACAAUAAUGACAUUAUCGUCGUGGGCAACAUCCAGUGUUGAAGAGGUAGACUCAACAGGACCUGGCAUCCGCUUUUUCCAGCUCUAUGUAUACAAAGACAGGAGUAUAGUUACUCAGCUUGUUAAAAGGGCUGAAAAAGCUGGCUUCAAGGCCAUAGCCCUCACUGUGGAUACUCCAAGACUUGGCCGUAGGGAAGCCGAUAUUAAGAACCGGUUUACAUUGCCUUCGUCUUUGACAUUGAAGAAUUUUGAAGGUUUGGACAUUGGAAAGUUGGACAAGACAAAUGAUUCUGGACUUGCCUCUUAUGUUGCUGGCCAAGUUGAUCGAUCUCUGAGCUGGAAGGAUGUGCAAUGGCUUCAGACAAUCACUAAACUUCCGAUUCUUGUGAAGGGUGUAAUGACUGCCGAGGACACAAGACUAGCUAUACAAGCAGGGGCAGCUGGGAUCAUUCUUUCUAACCAUGGCGCUCGCCAACUGGAUUAUGUUCCUGCUACUAUUAGUUGCUUGGAAGAGGUUGUGAAAUCUGCUCAAGGAAAAAUUCCUGUUUUCUUGGAUGGUGGUGUCCGUCGUGGAACUGAUGUCUUUAAAGCAUUGGCAUUGGGGGCUUCUGGAGUUUUUAUCGGAAGGCCUGUUUUGUUCUCUUUGGCUGUUGAUGGUGAGGCUGGUGUACGAAAGGUACUUCAAAUGCUCCACGAUGAGUUUGAGCUAACCAUGGCAUUAAGUGGAUGCCGUUAUGUCAGAGAGAUUACUCGUAAUCACAUUAUCACUGAUUGGGACGUUCCUCGUCAGUUGGCCAGAUUAUAAGAAUCCUCAAGAUUUCGUCAUGCAACUGCAAAUUCCCGGUAGGAGUAAAAUUGUCAGAGGAGCUUGUAUUUUUUUAAGCAGGAGUUUCAAAUGGAACCUAGAUAUGUUUUAAAUAAUGGCGAGUGUUGUGAUUCACAUAAACUGCUUCCUGAUGUCUUUGCUCAAAAGUUUUAGCGAAACUGUACAGACUCGAUCCUACCUAUUACCCUUCUUCUCUGCUACUUGCUUUCUGCUACUCCAGUACACCUAACCGUGCUCGCAAUUGCAGGUCA